CCUCUGCUGCGGCAGUCAGCUGAUCAGUGCGCUGGUUGUGACUCUGUUGUGAACAUUUUUGGCACCUUCUGUGCGCCGCCGGUCAGAGUUCAGACUGUCGUGUUCAUGCAGUUUGUGAGGAUGAGUUCUAAAGAAGCAGCCAAAGAGUUUCUACAGUUUGUCGACAGAGGAGUGUCUCCAUACCACGUGGUGGAGGAAUGCAGACGCCGUCUGUUGACAUCGGGAUUCAUCGAGCUGAAGGAGGCAGAGCAAUGGGACAUCAAGCCGUCCAAGAAGUACUUUGUCACCAGGAACUUCUCCAGCCUCAUCGCCUUCGCUGUGGGCGGGCGCUACCUUCCAGGAAAUGGCUUCUCCAUGAUUGGCGCCCACACAGACAGCCCCUGCCUCAGGGUGAAGCCGAGGUCCAAGAGGACUAAACAGGGCUGUCUGCAGGUCGGCGUGGAGUGCUACGGCGGCGGCAUCUGGAACACCUGGUUCGACCGCGACUUGACCAUCGCCGGCCGCAUUAUGGUCAAGCGCGGCGACCAGCUGGUCCAGAAGCUGGUUCAUGUUCCUCGGCCUCUGCUCAGGAUCCCACACCUCGCCAUCCACCUGCAAAGGGACAUCAACGACUCCUUUGGGCCCAACAAGGAGACCCACCUUAUGCCCAUCCUCGCCACUGCUGUCCAGGAGGAGCUGGAGGCGGGGUCUGCAUCCUCUGGAGACGCAGUCAGUGCUGACAAAACGGCGGAGAAGCACCAGCCAGCGCUGGUGAAGGUGCUGUGCUCAGAGCUGGACGUGGAGGCGGACGCCCUGCUGGACUUCGAGCUGUGUCUGACUGACACCCAGCCGGCGGCUUUAGGAGGCGUCUUCGAGGAGUUCAUCUUCUCUCCUCGCCUCGACAACCUGCACAGCUGCUACUGCGCACUGCAGGGGCUUCUGGAGUCGUGUUCAAGUGAGUCUUUGGCCAAAGAUCCGAACAUCCGCAUGAUCACUCUGUACGACAAUGAAGAGGUGGGGUCAGAGAGCGCUCAGGGGGCCCAGUCCAACCUGACGGAGCUCAUCCUCAGCCGCCUCGCCUCCUCCCCCACCAACCUCACCGCCUUCCAGCAGGCGGUGCCGCUGUCCUUCAUGAUCAGCGCCGACAUGGCGCACGCCGUCCACCCCAACUACCAUGAGAAACAUGAAGAAAGUCACCGCCCAAUGUUCCACAAGGGACCCGUGAUCAAGUUCAACAGCAACCAGCGCUACGCCACCACGGCCGUCACCGCCUCCAUCAUCAGAGAGGUCGCCAGCAAGGUCGGCGUGCCUCUGCAGGACGUGAUGGUCCGUAAUGACAGCCCCUGUGGAACCACCAUCGGACCCAUCCUGGCCGCUCGGCUCGGCAUCCCGGUGGUGGACAUGGGAGCGCCUCAGCUGUCCAUGCACUCCAUCAGGGAGAUGUGCUGCACCUCUAGUGUGCUGCAGAGCUCCGCCCUCUUUAAGGGCUUCUUUGAGCUGUUUCCCACCAUGAGAAGCUCGCUGCUCGUCGAUUGAAGCUGCAAAGAAUUCAGACA